AUGCCGAGCACCAGUGCGCCAGACAGGCCAAAUACCUCAAGACAGGGAUCACUGACCGAAAUGUUCGAAAGUGUCACUCCGUAUGAACGUAAUUCAAAACGGCACGGGGAAAUCACUCGGGCAAUAACCGAGUUCAUAGCCAAAGAUAUGAUGCCUCUCAGCACGGUGACCAAGCCUGGAUUCGUGGCAUUGACAUAUACGCUUGAUAAACGGUACAAUAUACCCUCCCGUACAUACUUCAGUCAGACUGCCAUACCGGAGCUGUACAAAAAGUGUAAAGAGAAAGUCGCCGCGGAGGUUAAAACGGUGGAGUUUUUUGCUAGCACUACAGAUAUGUGGUCAAGCCGCACAGCUGAGCCUUACCAGAGUCUUACAGUCCAUUUUAUUGAUGAAGAUUUCAACCUCAGAGCUCGCUGCCUACAAACUACCUACUUCCCAGACGACCACACAGGGGAAAAUAUUGCAGCCGGCCUGAGAGAAGGGCUUGCCAGCUGGGAUCUCCACGAGGAGAAUCACGUCUGCAUCACGACGGACAACGCGUCAAAUAUGGUUCUGGCUGCGCGGCUUAAUGAAUGGACGAGGCUCCAGUGUUUUGGGCACAGAUUACAUCUUGCCAUUGAAAAUGCACUCAAAGAUGACAGAGUGUCAAGGGCAACAGCACUGUGCAGGAAGCUGAAAUUGAUGAUUGCUAGAGUGCUUGAACAGGCCAAAGCCAUUUCUCAGGUAUUGUCUGGAGAUCGAUAUGCACGCUCCCUCAUCCCAACCUGGCAAGAUAUUGAUGUGUUGGAGUCGAUUCACAAGGCACUGCAUCCUCUACUGGAAUUUACUGAUGCUCUUUCUGGAGAGGAGUAUGUGAGCAUCUCCUACCUCAAGCCAGUUCUUCACCUUUUUGCCACAUCAGUCCUGGCUGAAGAUGCUGAGGACACUGACCUGACUAAAUCAAUAAAAACCAAAGUCCUAGCAUACCUCAAUAAUAAAUAUGGAGACCCAAACAUCCAGGAGCUUUUGGAUGUUGCCUGUUUCCUGGACCCUAGGUUCAAAAUACAGUACAUCAGUACUGACAACAUCCCUGCUAUCAAGACCCGACUGAAGACAGAGAUGGUAGACUUAGCACAGCGUACAUAUCAUCGGGAGAAGAGGUCUCGUACUGAAACUGUUCAGAUGCCUCAAAGUGCACAGCCCUUGGGGGAAAAGGCGAAGAGGUCUCUUGGCAGUUUUUUCAAGACCAGUGCAGCCUCUCCUUCUUUGCCUGUUGAAGAUGUCGCAGAGGCAGAGUUAAACAAUUACCUGAUGACUCCUACCAUUGAUGGAGAAGAUGAUCCCUUGGCUUGGUGGAGGGUGCACAAGAUCAGCUACCCACAGUUGUGCAUCAUGGCCCGCAAGUAUCUUUGUGUACCUGCCACAAGCGCUCCCUCAGAGCGUCUUUUUAGCACAGGAGGGAAUAUUGUGACUUGCACUCGCUCAUCCUUGAAGCCAGCAAAAGUCAAUAUUCUGGUUUUCUUAGCAAAAAACCUGUGAGCCACUGAGAACAAAACUGUUGGAUCAUUAUAGCUGGCAGUGCCAUACUCGUAGUGAACUUUAGUCUGUGUGGUGUGUUAUUGUUGUGUACUUGAUAAGUGAGGUUGAUCUAUUCCAAAUUAUAAUAUUCAAAUAGUUUUUGUCUAAU